AUGGCAACCGGUCGUAAUCCUACAACUCUCUCAAAUCUUAAUAUUCAAUGGGAGUGGGAAGGAGAUAAAGGUGUUUGGCAACAAUUUCCACUAGAUGUUCAACAACAAAUUUCUCAAGCGUUUAAUGCUGGCAACAAAGAAGUUAUGAUUAAUCAAACUGAAGAAAUAUGCAUGACAAUAAAAUUUACUGAUAUGAUACAAAUAAAUCAGAAGACGAAAUUUAUGCGUCGUUUACGUCUUUGUAUUGAAUUCGCAGAUAAAAAUAGUUUAUCUGUAUAUGAAUAUGAAAAUGAGAGUAAGAAAUGGUUAAUUUAUAAUGCUGAAAUAACGAUUAAAAUAGCUCAUGCUAUUGAAAACCAUCAGACAACACUGUUAAUAAAUAAUCGAAAUCAAUCAUAUGAAGUCGAUCUUGAGGAAUUAACUGAAACGAAUUUAGAAACAAAAGCUGUUCGAAAAAUUCGUCGUGUUAAAUCGAUGGCAAAAAUACCAUUAGCUGUUUCAACAAGUUCAAAUAAACGUUCAUUGAAUUUUGAUGAUCAAUUAGAAAAUACUAAGAAAAAGCCUAUUGUAUCAAAAUCUGCUCCAACAGAAAAAAGUGCUAGUAAGCCAAAAUCUACUCCAAUAGAAGAAAGUGUUAGUAAGUCAAAAACUGCUUCAGUCGAAAAAAGUGCCAGCAAGUCAAAAACUGCUCCAACAGAAGAAAGUACUAGCAAGCCAAAAACUGCUUCAAUAGAAGAAAGUACUAGCAAGCCAAAACCUGCUCCAAAAGAAAAAAGUGCUAGUAAGUCAAAACCUGCUCCAAUCGAAAAAAGUGCUAUGCGUACUAUAACAACAGUUGUUGGAAAAGUUCCUGUUGAUUCUGAAUGUGCAUCAAUGUCAGGAAAAGCUCAUGUUUAUUGUGAAGAUAAGGAUGUAUUCGAUUGUAUGCUUAAUCAAACAGAUGUUGGAAAUAAUAAUAAUAAAUUUUAUUUAAUUCAAUUACUCGAAGAAAAUAAUUCUAAAAAAUAUUAUGUUUGGUUACGUUGGGGACGAGUUGGAUAUAAUGGACAAAAUAGUUUAGAACAUUUUGGUUGUGAUUUAGACGAUGCAAAACGAUUUUUUUGUAAAAAAUUUAGUGAUAAAACAAAAAAUGAUUUCUAUUAUCGUGAUGCAUUUACAAAAUAUCCAGGCAAAUAUGAUUAUGUUCAACUUGAUUAUAAUCCAUCGAAUAAAUUGGAUGAAAAUAAUAAAACUCAACUUGCUACAAUUGAACAAUUAAAAGGUCUUCCGGUACCUGAAUCUAAACUUGAUCAACGUAUACAAAAUCUUAUUCAAUUAGUAUGUAAUGUACGAGCAAUGGAAGAAGCAUUACUUGAAAUGAAAUUCGAUGCACGAAAAAAUCCACUUGGUAAAUUAAGUGCAACACAAAUCAAAGCUGGUUAUUCAUCAUUAAAAGAAAUUGAAGCAUUUAUUAAAACAAAUAAAUUUAAUUCUGCUUUUAUUGAAGCUAAUAAUAUUUAUUAUACACGAAUUCCACAUGAAUUUGGUCGAAAUACUCCACCCCUCAUAAAAACUAUUCAACAAUUAAAAUCAGAAAUUGAAUUACUUGAAGCACUUGAUGAUAUUGAAAUUGCAUUCACAACAUUAAAUAUUGAAACUAAUACUCGUUUAAAUCCAAUUGAUCAACAUUAUGAACAAUUAAAAUGCAAAUUAAAUCCUAUAGAUAAAACAAAAGAUAUUUAUACAAUAAUUAGUAAAUAUCUUCAAACAACACAUGCAUCAACACAUGAACAAUAUAAAAUGCAAAUUGAAGAUAUAUUUGAAAUUGAAAGAGAAAAUGAAAAUGAAGUAUUUAAUGAUGUCGGAAACAAAAUGCUUCUUUGGCAUGGAUCUCGUUUGACUAAUUUCGCUGGUAUUAUGAGUCAAGGAUUACGUAUUGCGCCACCAGAAGCACCUGUUACUGGUUAUAUGUUUGGAAAAGGUUUAUAUUUCGCUGAUAUGAGUAGUAAAAGUGCGAAUUAUUGUUACCCAACACCGAGUAAAAAUACAGGUCUUGUUCUUCUUUCUGAAGUUGCUCUUGGUAAAUGUAAUGAAUUACUUAAUGCUGAUAAUAAUGCACAUCGUUUACCAGACGGUUUCUCAAGUGUUAAAGGUCUUGGUUCAAUAGCACCUAAUAUGAAAAAUGCAGUUACAUUAGAUAAUGAUGUUGUUAUACCUAUGGGUCCUAGUGAAUCAACGGAUGUAAAUAAUCCAAAAGGUUAUACACUUAAUUAUAAUGAAUAUAUUGUGUAUGAUACAAAACAAGUUCGAAUGCGAUAUGUAAUUAAAUUAAAAUUUUUAUUCAAAUAA